AUGACUGUUAUGGGAUCAUUACCCGAAGGCGACAUGGCUCCGACCAUCGACUCGGCGCUGGGGACGGCGGACAUGGCCAACGAGCAGCGCGGCCUCCUCGAGCUCAUCGACAAGCUACAGUUCGCCCAGCUGGACAAUGUCAAACUGCCCCAAAUCGUCGUAGUUGGCGAUCAAUCAGCAGGCAAGAGCUCCGUGCUCGAAGCCAUCACUGGCACCCCAUUUCCUCGCGAUGCUGGCGCCUGCACACGCUUCGCGACCGAGAUUCGUCUCAGGAGAUCUAACGAGGCCACCCUCAAUGUCUCCAUCAUUCCCGACAAGAACAGGCCUUUUAGAGAGCAGGAGCGACUGAAGCAGUUCGGCGGCGCCGUUGACACCGAUAUGUCGUUUGAAUCGUUGAUGAGAUCGGCUGUGGAAUUGAUUGCGCCCAAGAACAUCCCCGGCAGGUUUGCCGCCCGUGACAUUCUUGUCGUCGAGAAGCGCGGCCCGGAUAUGCCACUACUCACCCUCGUUGAUCUUCCGGGAUUGGUCAAGAACGCCAACAACGAUCAAUCAAUGGACGAUAUCAAGACUAUUGAAUCCCUGUGUGAUCGCUAUAUGAAGAGCUCGCGCACCAUCAUCCUCGCCGUCGUUGGUGGCAACACCGAUUACGUGCAGGCGCCCAUUCUCACGAAGGCACGCCACUUCGACCCCUCCGGCAGCCGAACGAUCGGAGUCCUCACGAAGCCCGAUCUUUGCGAGUCCAUCGGCCUGGAGGACAAGUUCAUCGAGCUCGUCCAGAACAGGGACAAGCAAAACUACUUCAAGCUCGGCUGGUACGUUCUCCUCAACCCUGGCCCACGAGACCAGGGUCAGCCGUGGCCAUCAGCUCGUGAGCGCAGACAGCGCGAAGAAGAAUUCUUUGGCCGUGGAAAAUGGCGCGCCUUGCCCGGAACGAUGUGCGGUGCCAACGCAUUAAAGCAAAAGCUUUCCGUCCAACUUCAACGGCAUAUUGGUCGUCACGUCAAGACGCUGCGCAAACAAAUCCAGAAGGCCCUUGAUGACUGCGACUCGGAGCUAAAGUCCAUGGGAACAGGCAAAGACACAGUCGAAGAAAUGCGCAUCGAACUCGUCGAGCUCUUUUCUUCAUCCAAGGAAUUGGUCAUCCCCGCCGUGUACGGUUUCUACAAGAACCCCCCACGCAAGAACUUUUUCCGCGCAACCGCCGAUCCUCGCGGCACGCCAGCCCAAAACUUGCGCGCGCGCGCCAUUGAGGAGAAUGAAAAGUUUUCGCAGCGCAUCCGCCAGAAUGGACGUAAGUUCGGCUUUGCUUCAUCCACCGACCCGCGGUCUCCGGAAGGCGUAGCCAUCACCGACAGUGGCAAGCGCGAGUUCGUCGCCAAGGAAGUCGAGAUGCUUCUUCGCCAGAUCAGAGGUUCAGAAUUUCCCAUGGACCCCAAGCCACGGGCUGUCUACAUGCUCUUCCAGAGCUAUUCUGAGAACUGGCCCAGGUUGGCGCAAGAGCACAAAGACAACCUGGGUGUGGUGUGUAACGAGUUCCUCGCCGAAGUUAUUGAUUUCGCCUGGCCCCAGCGCAUGCGCGAGCCGCUUCGGUACCAGUUUCUCGAUCCGCAGAUCAAGAAGCUCAUGGCAGACGCGCAGGAGGAGCUCGAAAGGCUAACCCAAGAUAUGAACCUUGAGAUCCAGCCGUACGACCCAGAGUAUGAGGAGCGUCUGCGCAAGUGGCACCUUGAAGUUACCAAAGAAGGCGGCACGUACACCGAAGCCCAAGAGGUCUGCGAAAAGAUGUUGAUCUUCUACGAACUUGCGGCCAAGACAUUUAUCCGGAACACCAUCACCCAGGUCGUGGAGCGGCACUUGCUGCAAGGCAUGUACGGCAUCUUCAACUCUGUUGAGAUUCUGGGCAUGCAGAACGAGACUGUCGAGGCGAUUGCGGCUGAGAACAAGGAGACUAGAGAUCGCAGGAUGACACUGAAGAAGCAAAAGGUGGCGAUUGAGGAGGCCCGUGAUAUCUGCGCCAACCUCGCAAUGAGGAAAGAAUUGAGGAUGUAUGCCGAUGAAGACCGCGAUCUAGAGGAAAACACCUCGGACGAAGACGAGGAGAAGCCUCGUCAGACAACACGUAAACCGGUCAACAAUUCCGCUCCCGCUCCGGCGCCUACUCCGGCACCAAGCGCGCCAGCCCACCGCCCAACCCGUUCUCGCGAUGAACGCGAGCGGCCCUCCGCAACACCCCAGCCCGAGACUCCGACCAACGGGAACUACACAUACGCAGGGCACCCCACCCCCAUGCAAACCCAACGACAGGAGCCGGUCCGCACCAACAUCAAUGCCUCUGAGUGGGAUGAAGACUACUACCGUGCUCCCGCGCAAGGGCCGCCGGCGCAGGCGCCUCCCCCACCACCUCCCAGGCCCCAGAAGUUGAGACCUGAGGAGGCGGCGACUCCUGAGUCGGGCUCCUAUGUCCAGCGUUCCUCCAGCUCGGCAAGUGAGCAACAGAAUGGGUAUGGAGGAUACGGACACGAGCAGGAAUAUGCGCCUAGCUCUGGUAGACGGGUUACUGCGAAGAAGCUGUUUGGUAGGAGUUAA